AUGGACACAAACUUCGAGGGCCGUGUCAUUGUCGUUGCAAAUCGCUUACCUAUAACUAUAACCCCCAAGCCAGAUGGCAAUUUCGAUUAUAGCAUGUCCUCAGGCGGACUCGUAUCCGGUCUGAGAAGUUUGGCCAAGGUCGUGGAUUUCAAGUGGUUUGGUUGGCCUGGUAUCGAUGUGCAUCGCAAUGAUAAGGACACCGUUCGCCGUGAACUUCAGGAUCAAUUCGGUGCUGUUCCAGUGUUUCUCAACAGUGACCUGGCCGAGAGACAUUACAAUGGAUUUUCCAAUUCCGUUCUAUGGCCUCUAAUGCACCGGAUGCCUGACAAGGUAUUUUCGGAAAAGACAUGGGCAGCCGCUUACCAGGAAGUCAACGAGGUGUUUGCCGACAAUAUCCUUCCCAUCGUUGAAGAUGGUGAUAUCAUCUGGGUACACGACUAUCACCUGCUACUUCUGCCUGGAAUUCUACGACAACGAAUGACAAAGAAGAAAAACCUCCGCAUCGGCUUCUUCUUACACACCCCAUUCCCCAGCGAGGACUUCUUCUCGAUAUUGCCGUUCCGCGAGGCGAUAUGCCAGAGCCUACUCAGUUGCGACGUGGUAGGGUUUCACACAAAUGGCUACGCUAAGGAUUUCGUGGAGAGUGCCUGUACCGUGUUGGAAGGUGUUAGUGUGUCACCAAAUGAUUUACAUUACGAAGGAAGAAAAGUCAUUGUCCAUGGCUUUCCCAUCGGCAUCCAGCCUCAAGAAUUUAAGGACAGAUUAGGCGCAGAAGAGACUCAAGAAGAACUGGAAAGGCUAAGAAAUGACUUCCGCGGACAAAAGGUCAUUGUGGGAGUCGAUCGAUUGGACUACAUCAAGGGCAUCCCACAAAAGUUGAAGGCGUUCGAUCGAUUUCUGACUGAGAAUCCCGACUGGCUAGGCAAGGUCGCUCUGAUUCAACUGGCUAUUCCUACCCGCGCAGACGUGAGUACCUACCAGAAACUGAGGGACGAAGUCGAACGCCUGAUAGGAUAUAUCAAUGGAAAACACAGUACAUUCUCUCACACACCCAUCCACUAUCUCUACCGAUCGGUGAAGCCCGAACAUCUCUGCGCUUUAUACGCUGUCGCCGACGUAUGCAUCAUAUCAUCCCUCCAGGACGGUCUGAACAUGGUCAGCUACGAAUUCUCCGCCUGCCAAGCAGAGAAUAAAACCAAAGGCAUCCUCGUCAUGUCUCAGUACGCCGGAGCCGCCAAAACCCUGCCCGCAUGUGUGGUCGUGAACCCCUGGGACACCCCUCGCUUCGCCGAGCACAUCCGCAACACCUUGACCAUGCCGGACCACGAACGAGAAGACCGGUACCGACAGAACGAGAAAAUCGUAGAUGAAUGGACAAGCGUGAAAUGGGGCAUAUCAUUCCUCAACACCGUGAUCCGGAUGCAGCUGCCCAAAGCCGAAGAAUCCAACUCGACCAGCGCCGACGCGUCGCUGAACCAGGACAUCGAGUCCAAGAACCGGCCGCACCUGGACGGCGACCUCGAGCACAUGGACGACCACGAUGCCCGCUUCGCCCUGCCGGACGACUGGUCCAAGGGGUAA